AUGCUCGAGCUCCUCCGCCGCCAGGUCGGGCCCGACGUGCCGAGCGGCGCCGCGUACAGCUUCAGAAAGCCAGGCCAAUGGCCCGCUCACGUCUGGCAGAUUGACGGGGAGGAGGAGCUAUACUACGGCAUCGUCUCCUACCCAACUGCGUGCGACGCCCCCGGUUGGCUGUCUGCCGGUGAGGUGUCCGAUGCGUCGAGGGCGCUUCGCGUUCUGGAGGCGGCGUGCGAUUGCGUCGAGCCGUGGGGCCCCGGCCUCGAGGCUUUGCAGUGCUGGUUCUGGACGCCCUACUCGCUGUGCGCCGAAAAAUGGACGCUCGAUCGACCUGCAGCGGCGCUCGCCGGCGACGCCGCUCAUCUUUUGUCUCCCCUCGGCGGCUUUGGAAUGAACCUGGGCGUCGGCGACGCCGCCUCGCUCGGCUGGCGGCUAGCGGCGGUCCUCAACGGCUGGCUCGAGCCAGGCGCCGCACUUUCGGGCUACGAGGCCGAGAGGCGCGAGGCGUGGGCGCGCUGCGACGCGUAUGUUGUCGCCGAGCGGGCCCGGCUCAUGGGCGGCAAAGCCUAUGUGCCGCCUCUCGGCCGCGGGGGCGCCUACGAGACUGCACUCCUAGGGCCUUGUGUCAACGGCCAGGCAGUCGUCGGCCACCGGCUUCCCCACUUCCCCGGCGUGCGCCUCGAGACACGUGGCGUCACACUACUCCUAGUCAAUGGAGGCGAGGAUCUCGUCGCGGCAAUCGCGCCCGCGUUCGUGGCGGCGUGUGGCCGCAUCGGGGUCCCCUGCCGCACAUGCAUCGUCGAUGGCGCACAGCCAGCUGUUGCGGUCGCUUUCGGAGGCAACCGUCUCGCCAUCUGCCGCCCCGACGCGGUCGUGACAUUUCUGGGUGCCGCCGCAUGCCUGCCCGAGGCUGUAGUGGAAGAGGCGGGCCUGGCGGCGGAGGCGCUGCUGCUGGGUGAGAAGGUCGCCCCAUGA